AUGCAGCUAUUGCGUGUGGGCGUUGACCAGAAACUUGAUGAUCCAUUUUCCGACCUCCUCGACAACCUCAACAAUCCCCAACCAACUUGCAUUGUCUCGGAUCCUUACAUGACGUUUACGACGGCAGCAGAAAAGUUUGGAAUCCCCAUACUUAUGCUCUCCACCAUCCCUGCAUCCGCCCUUAUGCUUUGCAACCAGCUUUCUUCGGCGAGGGACAAAGGGCUCAUACCACUUAAAGAUGAGAGCUUUCUGACAAAUGGGUAUUUGGAAACGACUGUAGACUGGAUUCCAGGUAUGAAAGACAUCCGUUUGUUAGAUUUCCCGAGGAUUAUUCGAACCACAGAUCCAAAUGACUUUAGGAUUAACAUCGUAAUGGAAGUAAUGGAGAAAGCUACAAAAGCUUCAGGAGUUGUAAUCCAUACAUUUGAUGCCUUAGAGGGAAAAGUUUUGGGUGCUCUGUCACCUUGUUUCCUCAUGUUUAUGCAGUUGGACCACUCCAACUAUUACUCAAUCACUCACCCAAUGACGACCCUUUGAAGUCAGUUGGGUAUAGUUUAUGGAAAGAAGAAGAUGAGUGCCUCCAUUGGCUUGAUUCCAAGCAACCCAAUUCAGUAAUAUAUGUGAAUUCUGGCAGCAUAGCUGUCAUGACCCAACAACAGUUGCUUGAAUUUGCUUGGGGGACUUGCAAACAGCAACUUUCCAUUUUUGUUCAUUGUUAGGCCUGAUGUAGUUAAUGGGGAAUGGGCAAUUUUGCCACCGGAAUUUUAUUUAGAAACUAAAGAAAGAGGUGUAAUAGCUACUUGGUGCCCUCAAGAGGAGGUGUUGAACCACCCAGCCGUCGGGGCGUUCUUAACACACUGCGGUUGGAAUUCAAUGAUUGAAGGCCUGUCGGGGUGCCAUUGCUUUGUUGUCCAUUCUUUGCGGAUCAGCAAAUAAAUUGUAGGUAUGCUUGCAAUGUGUGGAGGAUUGGGAUGGAGAUUGAGAAUAAUGCCACGGGAAAGGAGGUGGAGAAGAUUGUUAGAGAGUUGAUGGAGGGAGAGAAUGGUAAGAAAAUCAAGCAGAAUGUGUUGGAGUGGAAGAAAUUAGCAGAGGAGGCCACGGAUCUGCAUGGUUCAUCAUUCAGAAAUUUGGAAGAUUUAGUCAACUUGCUUUUAUCAAAAGGUUAAUUAAUUAGAAGAUUAACAUGACACUUGCAGGGCUAAUUAAUGAUGUAAACUGUAGCUUAUUUUAGUGCAGCAGAAGUUUAAUUAAUUAAAUAAGGAGUUUUAUCUCCAUUUGUUUAUA